ACUCCAACAAAAACUUACGGAAUGGGAAAAGGUCGGGCAGCUGAUCUGAAGUAUAUUGAAGCCGUGGUGCUAGACGGGAUUGUACAGAACUCAAAUGGGUAUAAAAUUGUGACUGAGAAAAGUACUGUCCCAGUCAGGGCAGCAGAAAGUAUACGGAGAAUAUUUGAUGCAAACACAAAACCCAAUUUGAACUUACAGGUGCUCUCCAAUCCGGAAUUCUUAGCAGAGGGCACAGCAAUCAAGGACCUAAAGAACCCUGACCGGGUGCUGAUUGGUGGAGACGAAACCCCCGAGGGACAGAAAGCUGUCCGUGCCCUGUCUGCUGUCUACGAACACUGGGUUCCCAAAGAAAAGAUCCUUACAACCAACACUUGGUCUUCAGAGCUUUCCAAAUUGGCAGCUAAAUGCUUUUCUUGCCAGAGAAUCAGCAGCAUUAACUCUAUCAGUGCCCUGUGUGAAGCAACAGGAGCUGAUGUAGAAGAGGUUGCAACAGAUGGGAUGGACCAAAGAAUUGGAAAUAAGUUCUUGAAAGCCAUUGUUGGCUUUGGUGGGAGCUGUUUCCAGAAAGAUGUUUUAAAUUUGGUUUAUCUCUGUGAAGCUCUGAAUUUGCCUGAAGUGGCGCGUUAUUGGCAACAGGUAAUAGACAUGAAUGACUACCAGAGAAGAAGAUUUGCUUCCCGGAUUAUAGACAGUCUGUUUAAUACAGUCACUGAUAAGAAGAUAGCUAUUUUGGGAUUUGCAUUCAAAAAAGACACUGGAGACACAAGAGAAUCCUCUAGUAUCUACAUAAGCAAAUAUUUGAUGGAUGAAGGAGCACACCUCCAUAUUUAUGAUCCUAAAGUACCAAGGGAACAAAUAGUUGUGGAUCUCUCCCAUCCUGGUGUUUCAAAGGAUGACCAAGGUGAGUCUUUGAUUCUCAGCAGACUGGUGACCAUUACAAAGGAUCCAUAUGAAGCAUGUGAUGGAGCCCAUGCUGUUGUCAUUUGUACUGAAUGGGAUAUGAUCCCAGAAUUGGAUUAUGAACGUAUUCACAAAAAAAUGCUGAAGCCAGCCUUUAUCUUUGAUGGUCGGCGUGUCCUUGAAUGACCUUUCCCCAAUGAAUUACAAAACCAAUUGGCUCUCCAGGGAUUUAGUCAAAUUGAAACAAUUGGCAAGAAGGUAUCUUCAAAGAGGAUUCCAUAUGCAUCUUCAUGUGAAAUUCCAAAGUUUAGUCUACAGGACCCACCAAACAAGAAGCCAAAAGUAUAGGCAUUGUCAUUUUUGUAUUUUAAGUAUUGCAAAAUCAUGAAUACCCAUAUUAUAUUAAAAAUAGCAAACCAAUGAAGUGUUUUUAAGGAAACAAAACUUAUUUUUUUAGUGAUUUAAAUCAAGUUUUUAAAAGCUACAUGGCUGGUAGCAUACCUAGACAUCUUAAAUCUAGAAUCUAUUUUCUCUAUAUUUUUAUAAUAUUUUAUUAGUUGUUGAAUGAGCACAUGGAAAAUAAUCACAAUGAUUUUAAUGGUAUCAAUUUUUGUAAAAAUUAAACUUCAGAUCUUACUUUAAAAUAUGUUCAUAACAUAUGCUUCAAUUUUAUACCUUUCUAUGUUUUAUUCAUCAGUGUAUUUAAAAUAAUUAAAUGUGUUUUUGUGAUGACUUAAAAUUUUUAUGUUAAAUACCAAACUGACUCUUCUUGAACUUGUCAGAAAAUGCCACAAAGUGAUCCUAGUUUGGUAGGGUAUGAUUGUCAGUGCGUCUGAUCUUAGAGAAAGGUAGUACAAUGAAUAGCCCUGGGCCUUUUAUGUUGUCAUCUUUAUAAACAUAGAACAUAUGCUCUCAUGGUUGUUCUGAGUCCUGUACUCCAUUUUUCAUGAUGACUUUCAAAGUGAAAAACUGGAUAAAAACAUUCCUUAACACACCUUAGUGGGGGGGAGUAGGGAGAGCACAUUGAGUUGCUUAUUUUUGUUCCAAAGAGUUAGUCAUCUUGUCUUUGUUAAGCUAAAAUAUGUGAAAACAAAUUAUUUACCUUACGAGAAAAAUAAAUAAAUAGCUUGGUCUAUUUGUUCCUACCUUCCAUAA